GAACUUUAGACGCGAUUUCCACGAAAAGUCAAUUGCAAUGGAGUCUCUGGCGAUCAGUGUUUUCUUCUCUCCAAAAUCUCAGUAAAAUGUGAAGAAUCCUCGUGGAAGAGUGCAAACAUUCACCCAAGUCCACAGUGGCUGUAGGUGCAAGUGUGAAAUUGGUGAAAAAUUUACGGAAAACCCCAAAAAAGUGUAUUUAAAGUGACUAAAGAAAAAUCUACGUCGCCUUGCCUCAAUUCCAGGAAUUCCGAUUUAAACACAGAGAAAAACACUUGUGUUGCGCAGACUUUCUUCUUUUUGUGCUCUCUCUCUCACUCUUCUCCUUUUUCUUGGUAUUUCGUGAAUUUCUCGUGAAUAAUUAGCAGAUGCACUGCGUGUAUGGCACUAGAAGGCUUAGCUCAACCCCCAGAAUGGGGCUUUACGGUAGCAUAAGUGAUUGUUUGGUACCAAAACAUCAGUUGUAGUUUCCUGGACGGUGCCUCCAGUCAGGUGCAUUGAAAGUUCUGUGAACUUUUUUUUUCUGUGAUGCGUGAAUUUGCCAGUGAUUUUGGAAGUUAAUUUUCCAUGAUAUAUACUGGCCUCUCCGGGGAGCAGCAAGAAGUGAUUGAGAAUAAGACUAUUGCAACUAGAAAAUCAAUAACUCUCUCAGAUUAAUCAUUGACAAUGGGAAGGCAUUACUGGAAUCCCAAAAAAAUCAUCAGAUUACAAAUGUGGCUCAUCAUUUUUUGGACUUUUUUCAUCACAACUGUAUCUUCGAGUGAAAAACUUGGAGAUGUACUUCCGAGUUCUGCCGAUAUUGAAGUUGGAGGAGAACUUAGUUUGGAUUGUAGUAUUAAUUGGAAAGUAGCCAGCAACCUCAGUCAACCCUAUACUGAAAAAGACUUAGACUUUUUAAUUUUUGCGGAAGACGGCAAUGAAAUUAACCGAAAGUACAUCACGAUUCUCAACGAUUCAGCAAUUAAUCUGUAUAUUCCGAAAAUAAGUGGACCGACUGGUAGGAAGUGGUAUGUCUGUGGAAUCAAAAAGUACAAGGAAAAGAAUAUUUUCACUGGCAUUAGCUACUCUACUGUCAAUGUGGGCUACAAACCACAGGAUUUAACUAAUUUUCGAUGCAUAUCGUACAAUUGGGAAAAAUUGAAUUGCACUUUUGACAAGAAAGUCAACUAUGUGUAUACAAAUUAUACAUUGUCUUACUUUGGAGGAGCAUCUCGUAGGGUAAAUAUACAAACGAUCAACCCUAAUGAUAACAAAACAUCAUAUACAUUUGAAGUGGAGAAAUAUUUGUCGUCAUAUGAUAAUUAUAUCUUUGAAAUCGCAAUGGAAAAUAGUUUGGGAACUAAUUUACAAAAAUUCGAAGUGUCCACUUAUAAUAGUGUUAAACCAAAUCCACCGUUGAAGAUGAAUGUGACAAUGAGAGAAUCUACAAGGGUGACUCUAGCGUGGGAGCUCCAUUAUAUUUUGCAUGUAUUUGAGAGGGGUUUCAUCCAUGAAGGGGAAUACACAAGAGCUGGGGGUAGAUGGAGUACGUCGGAUAUUAAAUGGCAAUCACUGGAUAUGACUAAGUUGAUGAAUACUUCAUUCUCCAACUAUUCUCUAAGAAUUGAUGGACUUUAUGCUCAUAUGUGGUAUGAUGUUCGGAUUCGUGUAAGAGUACCUGGAGCUACUCGUGAGGAAUUGUGGUCAAAUUAUACGAGCUUCCAGUUCCAGACACAUGCUAAAAUUCCAGAUCGUCCACCCCGUGUGGAUAUUGGUAGUUUCUAUGUGAAUGAUCACAAUGAUGUAGUGCUGUAUUGGGAACAAUUGCCACUUGAGGAUCAGAAUGGCAAUAAUUCGCACUACGUGGUAAAGGAUGUACCAGAUGUCAGAGGAAAAAAUCGCAGUGUUAUCAAACCCACUGAGAUUAAUACAAUUAUGGCGAGAUAUGUGAAUUUACCCAAUGCUGACUUUAUCUUCACAAUUCACAGUGCAAAUUCUGAAGGGGAAUCAAUCAGGGGUAGCACUAUCUAUGUUCCAGCUAAGGAAAAACGUUUUCCUCUGCCCACGGAACUUAAAAAGUUUAGCAUCAAUGGAAAGUACAAGCUUACCUGGGCACCACCGAAAGAACGCCAAGAUGAACUCGUGAGUUAUACGGUGUUCUGGUGUGAAUCCAAGACGAAUCCCAAUGAAUGUGACGGUCCAAUGUCUUUUGAAACAGUUGAUGCAUCAGUCCAUGAGUAUGAAUUGGAUUACAGCAAAGCUGUAAACAUGGCACUUUCAGCAAACUCACGCUAUUCCAGCUCCGGAUUACUCUGGUCAAUGUGCACAGCAUCCAAAAGUGACGGUAUUGGCAAACUCAACAUGGUAUGGGUGUCAAAAAUGGAUGCCACCUAUAUGGAAAUUCAGUGGAGACUAGAAUGUUCGGAUGCUCCAAUUGUUCAGGGCUAUCAAUUGACUUAUUGUCCGAUAACUGCUCCAAAGAAUUCUACGUGUAAACCUAAUUCGGAAGUUGUAAAGAAUAUCACGGGAACAACGCAGUAUAACAUCACAGGAUUGACACCCUAUACGACGUACAUGACAACAAUUGCUAUGUUCUCGAAAACGAGAAUGGGAAGUCCUAGUGUACCACUCGUUAACACGACAUUCGAAGCACCUCCAACUCCACCGAGAAAUUUGAGAAUUGUAUCAGUGACAAAUACAUCAGUGACUAUAAGUUGGGAUCGGUCAGAGAGGGCAAAUGGUGUUCUCAAUCGUUAUACUGUUUGGUGCAAUAGCUCCAACUUUCCAGUAUACAACAAUUUGAAUGAGAAUGAAACAUUCUACUAUAAAAUAGAAAAUCUCCAGGCGCACAGCUACUAUGAGAUUAUCGUUGUGGCUUGGACAACAAGUUCGUCCAAUAAGAGUGAAAUUAUUCACGUUCAAACGGAAAUGGGAGUACCGGAUCAGAUAACUUCACCGCAAAAUUACAAAUAUGAUGAUUAUGUUCUGCUAUCGUGGGAUCCACCUAGACAUCCUGGAGGUAAUCUCGAUUACUAUGAAGUUUAUGCGAAGGUUACUGAAGGAAAGAGGGGAGCUGUUGGUUUCUCCAAGAAGCUCAAUACGACAAAAUGUUGGGUGAAUCGGUCAUGUCCAAAAUCUUGGACUGAGAUUGAUUUGCAGGUGCGAGCUGUGAAUGUAGUCAGGAGUCCAAUUCCCCAGGGCAAGGAUUCAAAUAUCACUGAAUACUCUGAGAGUGAAUAUAUUUUGCUUGAUACCAUUGAUACGGGGGCAGUACCCUUGGAUAUUCGAGAAUAUCCUUCGUGCUUGGGUAGAACUGAUAGUCACUUGGAGAAAUGGCUGAAGGCAGAUCGGCAUCCAACUUAUCUCAGUGGUGAUUACACGUCAAUCUUCUACUAUGCAUGUGGAUUGAGUCAAAGCAGUCCCUUGAUAUACAUUUUCAUAAUUUUUGUGGGACUCGUGGGAAUGGCGGUGCUCACGAUGAUUUUAUACAGGAAAUGCAAGACAAUGAGUGACAUUAAGGUGGUCCUACCGGAUGCUCUCAAUGACAUCAAUAAGGAUUCAAAGUGUCCGAAAAUUGGUGAAAUUAUUGAGAGUGGAGUUUUGAGAAAUGUUCAGAUUCACCAUCGUGGUGAGACAAGGGUGCAACAGGAUGAGCAGGAAAGGAGUCUUUUACGAAAUCAUAUGGAGUCCAGCAGUAGCAGUACCACCAGUAGUACUGCAAAUGUGGACAAUCAGAGUCAGUGUGAAUCUCACGAUGGACCUCCGGAGGAGCUUGAUUCCAUGGAGGAGCAGAACCAUCAUAUUGAAAUGGAAGAGAGUGACAAGCAUUCAAUUGAAUCUCAGCAAGAAGAGAUGCCCAAUGAGGUGUCUUUUGAUAGUCUUCAGCCCCAGAAAGUUGAGGAUAAGAAAAUUUGUCCGACAACUGAGCCACAGACACAUCAAGUGGCUCUAUGUCCGGGAGUUAAUCAAUACGUCCAUUUUGCGAGGCCGUCGCAAGGAUAUACACAAUUGGCGUCCCUGAAAGCGCCCAUAAAGACACCAAUGGUGCAAGAGACUGAUGAAACUGGAAUUUCAGGAUAUGUAACAAGAAAACAACUUGCCGAUUUCGGUCAACAACGCAUGUAAAGUGAAUUUGUUUUUAUUAUUAUUAUUUUUUUUCGAAAAAGAGAUUCAAAGUGUAAUUCCACAUUGAAAUAUUUGACAAAUUAGAAAUUGUACGAAAGAAAUAUCUUGUGGAUUUGUACUUUUUUUUUGAUAAUAUUUUAGAGUAUAUAAUAUUUUUUAACUUAUAUAUUUUUCAGAGGUAAAAAAUAUUUAGAAGAAAUGAAAUUUUGAAGGGUGAGAAUUUUUUAUUUUAGGAACAAUUAAAAUAUAAAUGUGAAUUAUUUUAAAAGAGAGAUUAUUGAGAGAAUGAAAAAGAAUCUCGUUCAAAAGUAUAGAAAAUAUUAUAUUAUGAGAGACGAGAAAAGUAAAAUGGUAUUUGUAAAGCUACUAAAAUUUAAGUGAUAAAUGUGAAGGAUAAUUUUCUAUAUGUAAUUAAUUUGGCCUUAUUGUAGUGUAAUUUUAGCACUAAAAUCACAAUGAAAGGAUAUCAUCUGUAUUUUUCAACAGAUCACAUUUGUAGGUAUAAUAUAUUGUAGAGUUAAAUGAUGACAAAGCAGGAAGAAAAGGUGUAUUUUUUGAUAAAGAAAAAAAGGAAACAUUCAUGAAGUGCAACGAAAGGAUUUAUUUUCCUUUGAUUUAAUUCUUUUUUUUCCUAUGAAACGAAUUGUUAAAUAGAUAAAAUAAUUGAAAUUGAAUGUUAAAUGUUUGGCUAAAAUAUUGAAUUAGAUAAUGAUGGAAAUGAAAAAAAAAAACAAAAGAAAUUAAAUGUUAUAAUCUGUUUUAGGAGAAUUAAUGUUGGGAAAAAAACGAUUUUUUUCCAGAAAUUGAGAUAGAAAUUCUUUGUAAUUAGAAAAAAAAAGAUGAAUGUUUUAUUUUUAAAAAUGCAAGAAGGAAGAAAAAAUGGGAUUACUGGGAAUGGUAAAUUAUCGAGCUUGAAAAAUUCAUAUUUAGCGUGAUUUUUUCAUGUUUUUUGCACAAUCACAUUCUUCACCAAGAAAAUAUACUUUCUCGAAAAAAGAAACUUCAUUUUUCUGUGCCAUGCAAAUCUUUCAUUUUCUGCUAGCAACUUCAUACAAUUACACUGAAAUUUAUUUUCAUUCUGCAAGAAAAAAUCUAUUGUGAAAGGCAGAAGAUUAAAAUAAAUUUUUAGCAAAAGAGCGUCCAUGACGAUUCUUUCAUUUUGUGUACUUGAAACUAAUACUAAAGAUUCGUGUAAUAAUCUAUUUUAGAAUAUAAACUUCUCUUUUCUUUUUCAAAGUAUUGUCUUUUAUAGAUGUUUUCUUCUCUGUCAAUUAAAUAUUUCACUGAAAAAAAAUAACGAAA